ACCAACCCUAUAUAUAUGGGGUUUGGGUGGUUGUGUAGAGUGCCUAUCCUACCUAGAAUCAUCAAACCAUCCCCAUUUGACUGGAUCCCAUAUCUGUAUUCUUCAAGAAUCUCUGGUCAGACGAGAAUGGAAGCAGCAGUUUCCCAUGUCAAAGCUGUCUCACCUCCAUCUAUCUAUAGAACCAAAAUCUUGUUUUCUUGUCCUUGUAUUGUCUCCUUUCCAGUUCAAGAUCAUCAAACUUUCCUGCAGAAACAGGGAGUCGUGAGCUGUGGGCGGUUACACAAACUGAAGUGUGCUAAAGAGGGUUCAGUAUCAGAAGUGGAGAAGCAACUGAUGAUGGAGGAAGAGGAGUUGAUUGGGAUAAGGAAACUGAACGACAAGUGCAAAGGGAUUAGUGGGAUAGUUGAGCUGCUGGAGUGCUUGGAAAGAGAAGCAAUAAUGGGGGAAGAUGAGGGAAGAGAGCCCACUGACUACAACAGGAGGGCGCAGAUUUUUGACAAGAGUUCCAGAGUUUUCCAGGCGCUUAAACAGAGCACUUCUGCUCAUUAACUCUUAAUUAGUUUUCUUCUCUUCUGUCUGUGUGCUUCACGUGUAUGAUUUGAUGCAAGAUGUGUUGGUUUUCAGGUCAAGUAGCCUGUAAUAGUGGAAUAUGUGGAUAAUGUGUAACUGUAAUUUCGUCUUUGCCUACAAGAAGAAGCGGUUCAACUCCAGCUUUCUAUGUGUUA